GAAACUGAAACAUUUCCAUGAUUGUUAUUAGCAUAUUCAAUUAAAAAUUAAUGAUGGGUAAUAUUUGCAACAAAAUAGUUACAUUUUAAAUGCUAAUGCCAUGGACAUAGGAUAUAUAAACGUGUGUGCAAUCUUUUUCAAGUAAUAAAAAAAUACUAUGGGAACGUGGAUUAUAUCUCAAUUUAGAUGUGCAUUGCGUAAGGUGUCAUUGAAAUCUGUCUGUCCGAUGGUAUUGAAGAUAAAGCAGCGGUCAGACUUUUUGAAAAAAACACUUUGUGUCCAAUUCCCCCGACGAGAGUGAAGGAAAUUUGUCUUGUCGUUUAAUUACUUUAAAUAAGAGAGGCCGACGUGUGUGUGUAAUUUGUAAUUGGUCGGCGAGUGCUGACGCACGCCGCAUCAAUCGUGCGCAUAUGCUGCUUAGUGCUUAGGCAAGUUUUAUAUCACAGGAUUCGAUGAUUACGUUUAAAGCAGUACGAGUGACGAUCUAGUAAAAUAUCAAACGUUGCUUCCGCUAAAGUUCUAAUUUAAUCGUUUUACUGCAGUUUAAGCCGUCACUAGAGCAGUUGGUGAGAGGAAGAAUGACUUAACAGAAUUGGUGAACAAUUAAAAGUGAUACGCGCGCGUUAAUAAAAAUUAUGCGGUCGAAUUUGAUGAACAUGGCGUGCUCGAUUUGAGCCAAGGCGGUCAUAAAAAACCCGCGCGGUAUUUCGUGACCUUUUCUUAUCGCGGCUUAAAAUAAUUUUUACAAACAUAACAAAUUUGUGUUUGGCGCUAGAUCGGGUUAAUUAAACGUACUUACGUUGCUGUUUAUUUGAAUGUCAGCGUGUUGCUAGAUGGGAUUUCAUUUCAUUUAACCUUCAGAUAAUCGGUUAUCCACUUUAUGCUAUCGUUAAUAAAUUUGAAGUGAAACGUGUGAAUUUCUUGGACUAAUAGUAGAUUCUUCAAGUCGCCGGAUGUUAGAUCUUUGAUAUGGGAUUAUACGAAGAUUCGGAGAUGACAAUGACCAGUAGCAGCACGCUAGCGGCCUCCAUAAACAACACGGGGGUACCUAGUGCGGCUGCAAUGAGCCAACAUUGUGCCAUUUGUGGGGAUCGCGCUACCGGCAAACAUUAUGGGGCAGCUUCUUGUGACGGAUGUAAGGGUUUCUUCAGAAGAUCGGUCAGAAAAAAUCAUUUAUACACGUGCAGGUUCAGCAGAAAUUGUGUGGUGGACAAGGACAAAAGAAAUCAAUGCCGAUAUUGCCGAUUGAGGAAGUGCUUUAAAGCUGGAAUGAAAAAGGAAGCCGUACAAAAUGAAAGGGAUAGGAUAAGCUGUAGACGACCCAGUUACGAAGAUAAUGGACAAGGAAAUGGCCUUUCAGUCAGUUCUUUAUUAAAUGCAGAAAUGCUAUCCCGACAAGUGGGAGCUUCAUUGGAGCAGAUGGGGUCGCCGUUAAAUGAUUACGAUUUAUCCAACAAACAGCUAGCCAGUAUCAAUGAUGUAUGCGAAUCAAUGAAGCAACAGCUUUUAAUAUUAGUUGAAUGGGCCAAAUACAUCCCUGCGUUCACAGAGCUUCAAUUAGACGAUCAGGUCGCUCUUUUAAGAGCUCACGCUGGCGAGCACCUUCUGUUAGGUGUUGCGAGACGAUCAAUGCAUUUAAAAGACAUUCUUUUAUUGGGAAAUAAUUGUAUUAUAACAAAACACUGUCCAGUGAUCCUGUUACCAGACUCCAGAGUGUCGCCAGAUUUGGAUAUCUCCCGAGUUGGAAUUCGAAUUAUGGACGAAUUAGUUAAACCCAUGACAGAAGUUCAAGUUGAUGAUACCGAAUUUGCUUGCCUUAAAGCUAUAGUGUUUUUCGAUCCUAAUGCGAAAGGUCUUAGUGAGCCGCAAAGGAUUAAAGCACUGCGUUACCAAAUUCAAGUUAACCUUGAAGACUACAUCAGUGAUAGGCAAUAUGAUAGUAGGGGGCGUUUCGGCGAACUUCUACUGACACUUCCAGCACUCCAGUCAAUAACCUGGCAGAUGAUCGAACAAAUUCAGUUUGCUAAAUUGUUUGGGGUCGCGCACAUCGACAAUCUUUUACAAGAAAUGCUGCUUGGAGGCACCUCUUUCUGCACCGACUUAACACCAUUCAUCGUGCGGAAAAAGAUGCAUAGGGAGUGUGCAACAAUUGAUACAAUAGGUCAACAAUCGAUACUACCGCCGUCUUCAAACAGCUACCAAAGCAAUCAUAGCGACUCAUCAGAUGAUCCGAGCACACCCCCGUGUACAACGCAAUGUCACAGCCCAUCGGAUCAGUUCCUACCCAAUGGAAACCUAGCUUCCCCUCCUUCCAUUAUUAGUGAUGGCAAUUCUAAUAUACUCAUCGUCCGUGAUCUUGGUCACAUGGGAGACGACAAAUUUCCUAUGCCAUUUAAGCAAGAGCCAAAGUUGGAAGCUGAGCAUCCAUUUUAAUAUAUAGUGCGCGUGCGUUGACGAUAUUUAUGGUUUAGUGCAAAUUUAUAAAGGUGCCAAUGAGACAUUUGAUAGUGAGCAACGUAAUUCCAAAUAGUGAUGGGCAUUUUUAUCGAACAGUUAUUGACUCUCGGAUAAAACCUCAACGUAUAUUAGUUACCAUUGUUGUACAGUUAUUGUUUUGUUAUUCUUUUUAAAUUAAUUUUUAGCUGCUCAUAUUACAGUUAACUCUACAGUAAGUCCUAGUGCUUAUACAGGCUGUGAUCAUUGUUUUGACAAUAUGCCUUAUUCAAGAGACU